AUGGCCGCUUCACUAGCAGCUGUCAAGAAGGAACUGCGCACCAAGAUUAGGGAUGUCUUGAAAGGAAUACCCGAAGCGGCUGCUGCUACGCAAACAUCUAAUGCAACAAAAACCCUACUGUCCAUGCCGGAGUACAAGGCAGCGCGCAGAAUAAGCGUCUACCUGUCUAUGCCGGGUGGUGAGGUAUCAACAAGCGAGAUCGUGCGCGAUGCAUUUGAUGAGGGCAAGAAGGUUUUCAUUCCCUAUACCUAUAAGUUGGAAGCACCCAAAGAUGGCCAACCAAAGUCCAUUAUGGACAUGGUAGAGCUGCAGUCGAUGAACGACUUUGAAUCUUUGGAACCCGACAACUGGGGUAUUCCAACUCCGAGCAAAGACUCCAUAGCGUCACGUGCAAACUGCUUUGGUGGUACCGGCAUCACGAAUGGAAAGACCGAUGGUCUAAGUGCCGGCAUCGAUCUGAUCGUCAUGCCUGGUAUGGCUUUCGACUCGCAGUUCGGCCGGCUGGGCCACGGCAAAGGCUUCUACGACUAUUUCUUGACGCGUUGUCACCAGGUAUCGCGCAUGCCUUUUCGCGUUGGCCUCUCGUUAACAGAGCAGUUCCUGCCACCAAACGAGUCGGUUCCCAUGGAUGCCUCCGAUUUCCGCCUGGACGCCUUAAUCACUGGUGAUGGCGAGCUCCGUCGCGUGGAGCCUUGA